AUGUCCGGGAUAGAUGACAGGGCAAAAUGGGGAGCGGGCUUCCUGAUAUUGGUCUUCCUUUUGUCUUCUUCAUGGAUAACGAUUUCUACAAUUAUCCUAUCAUUGGUCUUUAUACUGAGUUGUUUAGUAUAUUUCAUUGUAAAUGAGAAGCCAGCCAAACCGCCAAGAAGGCGGGUUCUUAAAUUUUGCGAUGCCAGCUUUAAAGUUCAGCAGGGACUCGGUAGCAGCAGAUCUUCUGAGUUAUUAUUCCCCGAAAACGAACCGUUAUCGAAGGAAAUCGAAGUAUUGCUUGAUAAUAUUGUCAAGAACUUUAUUGAAUCUUGGUUCCGUUCAAUUAGCGAUUCUGAUAAUUUUCCAAACGCUGUGAAGUCGGUUUUGAGUGAUGCAAUUGUGCGAUUAAGUUCAGCCUUGUCUGAUGUAGAUUUAUGUCAACUGCUUAUCCUAAAAAUUCUUCCACUGCUAACAAAGCAUUACACUACAUUCUAUAUAUCCCAAGAGACGAUUACUAGUGGCCUUUCAAUGGAUAAGCCGGAAAAGGAUGUUGAUUUCGCCGUAGCGGUCGAAUUUAACAAACAAUACAGGAUUCACAAAGCUCUAACCCUUACACUGAGUCAAGAGAAAAGGUCAGAUGACAUUCAAAAAUACUCGCGAAAAUUGGCAAAUGACCUACUGAAAAUUCUGAUAGAUCCCAAAGAAUUGGAAUCACCGUUUGUGAGGCCGAUUCUACGAGAAAUUGUGGCAUGUUCGGUGCUUCAAGUCCUCGUAGAAAAGAUUUCCAAUCCAGACUUCUGGAAUACAAAGCUCAUUGAUAUUUGCUCUCAAGUGCUAAAGGAAAGAUCACAAAUCACUGAACUUCGUGCAGUUCUCUCAAAAACAAUUGAACAUGAAGAUGUUAAUUCUAUUUCUGAUGAAGGUGUGGAUAAAAACCUUAACAUUGACGUUUCCGCUAUUUAUGGUGUUGAAGAGGAGUAUGAAUCUUUCUUAAAGCAAUUAAGCUCAGUUACAGGGGUUAACCAAUUGACUACAAUGAAGGUAAGGUUAUGGAUAGAGGCUUUGAGAAUGAAAAAGGAUAUUGAAGAACAUGACUCUCCUAAAAUUGAAAAAAAAUACUCCGGGAGUAAGAAAAGAAUAUAUCUUGCUUUGGAUCUUAUCGAUAGCAAAUUAUCAUUUUUACUACCUUACAAUUCGGAUAGUACUCAAUCAAAAAACGUUUUAGACCAACAACUAGCAAACUUCCAAAAGUUUAUAGAAACAAUAACGGUACAGGAUAUUCUCAGCAGCGGUUUAUCUUCAAAUUAUGUUAUGUCAUUCCUUGAAUCCUCCUCCGAUAAGUCUGGUGCAAUUGAUCUUCAGCUCUGGUUAUUCAUCGAGCAUCUAAGGAAUCCUUUAGAAGAUAUAUCGAAUGAUGAGAUACAGGUGGAAACCUCUAAUGAUAUUAAAGAAGACCUCAAGGAGCUUUAUACAAAAUUCCUCACUACAAAAAGCACUCUGGAUCACCUAAUGCAUCUAGAUCCAAUUAAUGUUAAGACCAUCAAAGAGUUUGUUGAAAGUAAUGAUGAUUUAUCAGAAUGCUCAAAAAAUAUCCAGAAGAUUAGUGCACUCGAAGCUAGGAAAAGCAUGCUCCUAUUACAAAAGAUGGCGUUGAAAAGUAUUACCGAUAACUGGUUUCCUAAAUUCAAAUCAUCAGAGCUCUUUUUUCAAAUGCUAUCGGAUUUCAACUUUAUAAAGGAGCACAUUGACUCCAUACAAUCUUCAAAAAUGCCGAAUGAUAACGUUCAAGCUGAUACUGUUAAAUUAAUUACACAUGGUGAUUUAGGGAAAGCUCUCGAUGAUAUUCUAAACCAUGACACAGAUUUAAAAGUUGAUGAUACAAAAGAAAAGGUAGCCCACAAGAAGUCAUUUUCUAAUCUUUUCGGAAACGAAACUGAAAGCCUAUUUCAAGAUGGAUUAUUCGGAGAUACAUCCAUCAAUGAGGAGGAUCAUGUAAACGAAACAGAAGGAACAUCAUUUGAUCCGUACUCGGUAGCUAAUAGCAGUCAGGAAAGUCUCAGUGGCUCAAACAAAAUGAGCAGUAGCACUUAUAAUGAUUCAAAUAUUAUCAAUUACACUAAUUUAAAGGAGGAAAUUGGAAAACUGGCUUUAUCUAUUGAAUCUUUAAACAAGCAGUUACAACUUGUACAUCACUUGAUCUUAAAGGCAGAGUUAACUAAUAAUCAAUCAAGAUUGGUACUACUAAGAAAGUCAGAAAGAACUUUGAGAAGAGAAUUGGAAUAUCAGGAACUAUUGAAACAGCAAUACAUGGUCCAUGAAGAUUCCAACAGUUUAUAUGGAAGAGCAAAAAUUUCCAUCAAGUCUUAUCUAACAGAUAUAUCGUCAGAGAACGGUAAAGAAACUGUUUAUUAUUUGAUGACUGUGCAACACAUAUUCAACAAGCAGUUAGUUACUUGGGAUGUUCCAAGAAGAUUUAGUGAAUUUUAUAGACUAAACACCUACUUGAGAAAGAAGUACCCAUUCAAAAUGAGAUACCUGCAAACUUCCGAUGGUUUCCCAGAAAGAGUAAAGAUAUCUUUGAAGUAUCAUGUUUCUAAAACAUUAUUAUAUGAAGAGAGAAGAAGAAGGCUUGAGCACUACAUGCAGGAACUGUUAAAGAUCAGGGAAAUCUGUCAAGAUGAACAAUUUAGAAAAUACUUAACGGAUGUUUCAAACACAUUCAAGAUUAAAGAAAAUCUCAGCGAUAGUUCAGAGAUCAAAGAAGAUCAAAGAAGAUCGUGGGUUUUAAUGAAAGCUGAUAAUAGCGUAGGUGAAGUGACCAAUAUACCUUCUGAUUUACUACGGGAUACUAGUGAGCUAGAGGAAGAGCUAGAUUUUUUUGAAGAUGAACGGAAUUUUUACUCCUCAGCCAAAGCAAACGGCCCUGGUACAUUAGUCAAGCCUAUAUGUGAGUUGUUUAUAUCUUUUUUUGCACUGAAUCAAUCUAACUCAGGGUGGCUGCGCGGAAGGGCAAUCAUUGUAGUGUUGCAACGAUUAUUGGGAAGUACUAUUGAGAAAUAUAUCAAAGAUUUGAUACAAAGAAUCAAAUCACCAGAGAAGUUGUCAUUUUGUAUCUCUAAGUUGAACUCUAUUAUAUGGGUCGAUGGAGUAUUUUUCAAGAGUAGUAGUGUUCCUCAACCUGCUCCAAGAACUGAAGGUGAAAUAAACCGGGCAAGUAUAGAAUCGCAGGCGAUGCUUGAAAAGUUUAUGGUAGAAACAUGUGGCAAAGUCGUUGGAACGAUGUAUGCUAGUAAUGCUGGUUAUAGGUUACAUGCGAUGCUACAAAAUGAAUAUUUAAAUGCUAGUCUAAUCUUAGAGAUAUUGGAUGUGGUAUUCGAAGAAAUCAAUAAAGCUCAGUCCAAAUCAGCAAAUCCAUAG